CGGAUUCGCAGCGCACCUAGAAACCUUAGACACCGAAACAAAAGACAGGAUGGACACCUCCGCCCCGUCCCCUCGCGUGAACGGCGAGCUCAUGGGCCGCUUCAUCGGCAAGAAGGUUCUCCUCGUGGGUAAGAACGAGGGCACCGACGGUUCCACCAUGACCGUCCGCACCCCCGACGAGAAGACCGUCACCGUGCAGCUCGCGGCAGGCUCCCCAGCCCCCGCGACCGCCUACGUGGAGUUUGAGGGCAUCGUCGACGGCGCCGGGGCCAUGACCGAGACCUCCCACGUUGACUUUGGCGAUAACUUCGACAUGUACACCUACAACGAGCUCACGAAGGAGGCCAACGGGCGCAGCCAGGCGCUCUUCAUGUGAACGUAGUGCGAGGAGCGAGCCGGCUGUGGCGUGAUGGAUGAAAUGGAAAAUUCUUCGUUG